AUGGAACACCCAUCGCAAAACGGCGUGGUGAAGGAAACAACUUCACCAGCACCUUUGCCCCCGUCAAUAAACAACAACGAUGCCUCACUUUCACAUGCGCUGAAACACCUUUCAAUCAGCGCAGCCUCGUCAACUGCUCUUCCUCCAUCGCCGCAGCCAGCUUCACCUUCACCAAGAAGACUAGGGCAGCGAAACAACCCUACGUCGUCGCCAAAUGGAAGAGCACCAUCGCGAAGUCCCCUCCGUCGAAGCGCAAGUUCUAUGAGCCUCGACGCGCGCUCAUCGACGCCGACCUUGCACAAAAAAGCAUCAAUGAAUUCCCUCCAUGGAGUGGGCGGUGGGAUGCCCCGAUCUCCAUCUCAGGCGUCACCAUCUCGUAGAUCGUCUUCGGCAUCAUUUUUAAAUGCAUCUACUAUGGUGGGCAAGUCACCACUCUCAGGGAUUGGAGAUUCGGCCGAGGCCCCUCCAAAAUAUACAGCAGAAUCUAUCGCCAGCAAUUACUUCAAGGCAGAGUUGGACCUGGAUCAAUCGGACGAGGAGGCUCGGCCCGCCGAUACUCUCGUCAUCCUCCACGAUUCUUGCUAUGGGCACCGCUAUUCUAGACCGCGAACCUCAAAAGCUUCUUUGAGCACGAUUGUCGAGAGACCGGAACGAAUACGUGCGAGUAUACUUGGCCUAUCGGUUGCCUAUGUGCGGCUCGGGGAGAGGCACGCGGAAGGACAAUACCCGCUCCACCCGAAGAAAGGCCCCUCUGAAAUUCCUACUAUACCUUUCAGGAUUAGGAAGACGACCCGUCGGCUUACUCUUUCAUCGCAAGCAGUCACAAAUGUACAUGGGACGAAAUGGAUGGAGGAAUUGAAAAUCAUGUGCGACACUGCGGAGGCCAAGUUAGCUAUGAAUGGGAAGGAAUUGGCUCGACCAGAGAUGAACCGCAGUCCUGAACAAGGAGUGCCGGCGAAACUGCACGAAGGUGAUCUUUACCUGUGUGCGGAAUCACUCGAUGCUAUGGAGGGAGCUUUAGGGGCAGUGUGUGAAGGGGUGGACGCUGUAUUUCAGGGGUCCACAAACGGUAAGGGACCGCACCGAACCUUCGUUGCCAUAAGACCACCAGGACACCACUGCUCAGCUAGCUAUCCUUCCGGAUUUUGUUGGCUGAACAAUGUCCACGUUGGCAUUUCUCAUGCCGCACUUACUCAUGGCUUGACCCAUGCGGCCAUCAUAGACUUUGACCUUCACCACGGGGAUGGAUCUCAGGCCAUCGCAUGGGCGCAUAAUGCUCGUGCUACGAGCCUACCAAAGAACGCUUUACCUUGGAAGAAGACAUCGAUUGGGUACUUCAGUCUCCACGAUAUCAACUCCUACCCGUGCGAGAUGGGUGACGAAGAAAAGGUCAAGAAUGCUAGCCUCUGCAUCGAAAACGCUCACGGGCAAAACAUUUGGAACGUUCAUUUACAGCCAUGGAAGACCGAGACCGAAUUUUGGGACCUCUAUGAAAACAAAUACUCGAUCCUUUUAGAGAAGACACGCAACUUCCUUCGUACACAAACUGACCGCCUUAGAUCGAUACCAAAUGGGCCCAAGCCGAAAGCCGCCAUCUUCAUAUCUGCUGGAUUCGAUGCUAGCGAAUGGGAAAGCUCUGGAAUGCAACGCCAUAAGGUGAAUGUUCCAACAGAAUUCUACGCCCGCUUGACUCGGGAUGUGACCAGGCUUGCUGCCGAGGAUGGGACUGCCGUUGACGGGAGAAUCAUCAGUGUGCUUGAGGGUGGCUAUAGCGACAGAGCUCUGUACUCCGGGGUGCUCAGUCAUAUAAGCGGUCUUGCUGGUGGUGAUCCUACAGUUUUCAAGACGGAGGCCAAGAACAAAGGUCUCAAUUAUGAGAUGGGACAAAAGAUCGGUGCUUUUGACGGUAGUGACGACUCAGUUGCACAACCAGCAGCUCCAGGCUACGAUCCUUCAUGGUGGUCUCUACCGCAUCUCGAGCAGCUCGAUGCAGUUGUCAACCCUCUUCCCAUUCCCGAACCAAAGAAAUCGAGAGAGGUUUCAUCUACUUAUUCAUCACCGACGCAAUCCUUUAUUGCAAAAGUUACCACGCCUAAAGUACAGCGUUCUGUGUCAGCUACGUCAAGCAUGAGCCCAAAAACUAUGACUCGGCCGGCAUCCCCUCCACCUCCCGAGGUUCUUUGGACUGUAGCAGCUCACGAGUUAAGUAAGCUGCUCAUUCCAGCCGAUAGGCAAACUAUGAGUUGCAGACCGGAAGACCUUUCCGCAGAAGCUACACGGGCAAGAAGAGACCGUCAAUCGAUUCUUACGCCUCCUACUUCGACCGCAGGAGCGGAACAACCAGAGCCUUCUCGAAUGGCUUUGAGAGUACGGAAGCCCUCUAAAGCUCUGACGGAGAGUAUAGAAGAGGAUCAAAAUAAGAGACCUGCCGCGAAAGCAAGCCGUCGGAAAACUGUCGCUGGGGCAGCUGUUUCGGGGGUUGAGAAGCCUACCAAACAAACAAGUCGCCGUCUCAGUGUUGCUUCUAAUGUAGGAUCGGUCACAUCUGAAAGCCUUUCAUUACCAUCAACUGGACAGAAUAAAAUCCCACCAAAUGGAGCAGCAAAUGUAACAAGGCCCGGCACCUCUCAAACUGCUAGAGCGGAUUCAUCUAUGAGCUCCCGAAGCCAUUCAGUUCCUCCUAUCGUAGUGAAGAAGACGAGGGCUCCAGCUCAACCUCGGAACGAGGCCCCAAAGCCUCGCGUCCCAGCACCACCACCGAAGUCUGGUAGCGUUGCACCCCCGACCAGCCAGACUUCUAAUUCGCAAAGCUCUGAUAUUGACAACCUGACCGCUGGCAUGAAGAAGAUCAAACUCAGUUUGACAACCAAGGCUCAAAGAGAGGCAAGGGAAAAGGCGAAGCUUGCGUCACAGCCUGCUCCCACGAACACAGCAACAACUAAUACAACCCGGACUGAGCCGGUGAAGCCUCUUCCAAUUGAAUCGCUAUCAAGCAAUGUGACAAUCGAAGCCCCAGUCUCCCAACAUGAUCAGGCCUCGGAUAACAGUCAGCCAGCGAAGCCUGAACCGUUAGCUGAGAGCAUCCCUCCUACACCAUCCACUCCACAAACGUCCCCACCAACGCCUCUUCCAGCGCAUGCUCAAGAAGCUCCUCAAGUCCCUUUGCCCGCCAGCUCACCCCCUGAAGCCCCCUCCGGUCAACCUACUCUGGCGCCACCCCCUUCGUCUUCCGGACCUGACGUGUUCAUUGCUUAUCAACCCGAAGGUCCCACUCAAAACACGACUGUCCAACAAGAACCACUCCAAUGGCUACCCCCGAAUUCCGGCACUCCUGCGCCUAUGAAGAAGGCCGAUCUCCCAGUCUUCACAUCUACUUCUACCAUCCCAUUCGGGGCCAACCCGAAUCUGGGGCAGGCUCCAAAGACAAAUGUCGACUCGAAAUCUGCACAAGCUUCAAAGGCCAAUGACGACUCGGUCUGGGAGGUUCCGGAAACGCCUCCACGGAACAAAUAA